UGCGGGGGGCAGUAACAUAAAUGUACUGAUUUCCGGUCUGUGACACAAGGAAAACCCACUUCCGCUGUGGUCGGCGUGUUGGAACAUUUUAGAUGUUUUGUUGACGUGGUGUUAGCAUCUACUAAGUGCAAGUAAUGCUAAGUAACAGGAUCGAAAAUAAAGUUUCAAACAUGGACGUGCUUUGUGGUCCAAUGGCCUUGGGUGUGGUCACAGGACUCGGCUGUGGGAUCUUUCUGGGUUGGCAACUACGGUCCCGAUUGGGUCAAACCUCCAAAAGCCUGAAGGCGGUUAUGGGAAAUGGUUGUGGUGAGGCGAGCGUGAUGGGAGAAGGAGGAGAGUUCAAGAUGAUCCUGGUGGUCCGGAACGAUCUGAAGAUGGGUAAAGGCAAGGUGGCAGCUCAGUGCGCCCAUGCCGCGGUGGCGGCCUACAAACAGGUCCAGCGCAGAAACCCAGACCUGCUCAAACAGUGGGAGUACUGCGGCCAGCCCAAGGUGGUGGUCAAGUCUCCUGACGAGGACACCCUCAUUCAUCUUCUGGGUCACGCCAACGAAGUGGGACUCCCUGUGAGUCUGAUCCAGGAUGCAGGGAGGACACAAAUUGCUCCCGGCUCUCGCACAGUGCUUGGUAUCGGCCCAGGCCCCGCUGGUCUCAUUGACAAAAUCACUGGAGACUUGAAGCUUUACUGAACUUCCUGCAUAAAACAGUUCUGUCUUUCAUACAAGAGAAGACGUGUCAUGUCUUGCUGUUGGAAAAAGUUUAAUAUUUUGAUGACUUUAAUUACAUGAGUUUGUUCUCCACCUCUGCAAACCACAAUCAUAAACCUGGCUCAACUGUUGCAUUUCUGCCAGUUAGUGAACAUCUCUCUAGAUAAAGUAGUCUUAUUGUGGCCUUUAAUUUUACUAGUACUCCAUUACUUUGCUGGGAUUACUUUACCAUCAAUGGUCAUUGGUCACACUUUGUUAGUUCAAAGUGUUUCUUGAGUCCAACAAUUGAAUUAACUUGUCUGUCAUUUUUUAUUCUAUGAAGCGGUUCAUGGUUAGACUUUUAUAAUAUAGGUUUGGAGGUGGCAUACAGAAAAAAUUGUAUUGAAAAUGUAUUUACAAUCAACACAUGCAGUUCAUCCUUCAUUUUACAGUGUGAAAUAGUUUUGAGGAAACGUUACUUGCUGCAACAGAUGUGUCUACUCUACAGGCCUUUUACUGCAAUGUAUUUUAUGAACUUUGAGCAGAAGUUCUGGAGUUCAACAAAAAAUGAUAUAUCCUUUACCAAGCUGAAAUAAGAAAUUGUACUUGUUAACUGAAGAAUAUGUAAAAUGGUCUUGUAUUGGUUUAUUAAAAAGCAGAUGUGAAUGUU